ACAAGCUAGCUAACGUUACAGUAGUCCGCACACAAUCUCAGAAUUAAAAAAAAAAUAGUAAUAAUAUGUCCACAGUCUGCAACUAAGUGAUCAGAAAAAGGGACACACCUUUUGUAAACUUAAAACGGAGUGCCGUCGGAGUGAGCCAUGCUGUCCAGACUGCGGGCGGCAGUGCGACCCUGCGCCAGCGCCUGCCGCUGGGUGCACACCAAGGAGAAGGGCAAGCCGCUCAUGCUCAACCCCCGUACCAACAAGGGCAUGGCCUUUACGCUGAUGGAGCGACAGAUUCUGGGACUGCAGGGGCUGCUGCCUCCUAAAAUCGAAACCCAGGACAUCCAGGCCAUGCGUUUCCAGAGAAACCUGAAUAAGAUGACAGAUCCUUUGGAGAAGUACAUCUACCUGAUGGGGAUCCAGGAGCGUAACGAGCGCCUGUUCUACCGUGUGCUGAUGGAGGACAUCGAGAGGCUGAUGCCCAUAGUCUACACCCCCACCGUGGGCCUGGCCUGCACGCAAUACGGACACAUCUUCCGCCGGCCCAAGGGUUUGUUCAUAUCCAUUCUGGAUCGCGGACACAUCCGCUCCAUCCUGGACAACUGGCCGGAGCCCAAAGUGAAGGCGGUGGUGGUGACGGACGGGGAGCGGAUCUUGGGUCUGGGGGACCUGGGAGUGUACGGGAUGGGCAUCCCUGUGGGGAAGCUGUGCCUCUACACGGCCUGCGCUGGGAUCAGGCCAGAGAGCUGCCUGCCCGUGUGCAUCGAUGUGGGCACCGACAACGAGAUGCUGCUGAAGGACCCCUUCUACAUGGGUCUGUACCAGAAGCGUGAUCGCACCCAGCUCUACGACGAUCUCAUUGACGAGUUCAUGGAGGCCGUCGUGGAGAAGUACGGCCAGGACACGCUGAUCCAGUUCGAGGAUUUCGGGAAUCACAACGCGUUCCGCUUCCUGAGGAAGUACCGGGAGAAGUACUGCACCUUCAACGAUGACAUCCAAGGAACUGCAUCGGUGGCCCUGGCUGGGUUAUUGGCAGCACAGAGGGCCACUGGGAAACCCAUCACUGAACACAGAGUCCUGUUCCUUGGUGCUGGAGAGGCCGCGCUUGGUAUUGCCAACCUAAUUGUCAUGGCGAUGAUGGAGGGUGGUAUGUCACAAGCAGAGGCGAGGAAGAAGAUCUGGAUGUUUGACAAGUAUGGCCUGCUGGUGGAGGGAAGAGAGCAGACCACAGACAGCAAUCAGGAGGCCUUUGUGCACCCCAGCCCAGGUGACGUCAAGAGCUUCCUGGACGCUGUCAACACAAUCAAACCAACUGCCAUCAUCGGUGUGGCUGGGGCAGGCCGGCUCUUUACCAAAGAAGUCCUUACAGCCAUGGGGACCUUAAAUGAGCGACCAAUUAUCUUUGCUCUGAGCAACCCCACAAUCAAGGCCGAGUGCACUGCUGAGGACGCCUACACACUCACAGAGGGAAGGUGCCUGUUUGCCAGUGGAAGCCCAUUUGGACCUGUUACCCUGAGCGAUGGCCGCACGUUCACACCUGGACAAGGAAACAACGCCUACAUUUUCCCAGGGGUGGCCCUAGCUGUGAUCCUCAGUGGUGUCAGACACAUCAGUGACACCCUCUUCCUGGAGGCUGCAAAGACACUGGCAGAGCAGCUGACAGAUGAGGAAUUGAGGCAGGGCAGACUGUACCCACCACUGUCCAACAUCCGGGAGGUGUCCAUCCGCAUGGCAGUCAAGGUGGUGGAGUACGUGUACGCCAAGGGCAUGGCCUUUCACUACCCUGAGCCCCUGGAUAAGGACAAAUACGUCAGGUCCACCGUGUGGGACACCCACUAUGACUCCUUCCUGCCCGACAUCUAUGAAUGGCCAGGGGCCAAUCACACACCGCAGCAAAACUGAGAAGAGGAACAAGGGGGAAGGGGGGGGACAAAGUGACAAAAGGGAGCUAAAGUUGAAUUUUAUUACAGCCAGAGAGGCCAGAGGCCACUCCUCCUUUUUGCCUUCAUUAUGGUUAUUUAUUUGGUUUAAUGUUGAAGCUGAGUUUUAUAUUUCAGAUGCUCCCAGGAAGUUCUGUUGAGGAACAGCUCCCAGUUUGCCAUUGAAUGGGUUGUUCAUUGAAACACUCCAAAGAGGGAUGCGCAUUUUAAUGGCAUAAAGGGAAAGGCACUCCGUCCCGCGGUCACAACACAACACUCCACCGAUUACUCUCAUGGAACUUAUGUGAAAAAUAUUUGAAUUGUUUAACUUAUUUGAAUUCUUAAGAUUUGUAGGUGUUACAUUUCAGAAUGAUUUUUCCUUUGUGCACACUCCAGUGUUGUGUUUCUGUCAAUCUUGCACCUUUUGUGCAGUUCAGAAAGUCGUACAUAAGAGAGGCAGAGAAGGGUAGGGUACGAAUGCCGUUUGCUCACCUGCUGUGUCUUGUCUUCCAGCAUGCAUCAGGUUACAGCCAUGCUGUAAACUGAGGUAAUAUAUAUAUACAAAAGCUGAGCAGUCAAAAGCUCAGCACACAGUAGACUUUGCACUUUUUUACAAAAGGUAUAAUUGAGCAAUGUUCCUCCUGACAUGUAGGGAUGGGCUGUGCAUAUGUAUCUCAGUUAGGAUCACAGUUGUUACCUCAUGCAUGUAAGGAUAGUCAGACGAUGUAGGACUGAUACGUGGCUGGUAAGCAAAGAUAAGAGAAGUGGUGUUAGUGUGUGAAACGUCACCCUGUUUUUAUGAGACUGUGACGCAAGUGAACACUGACUACUGUCUGCGUCGUAAUUAGGAUCCCGGACUGUGUUCUGAUCUCCCUUAUGUCCCUUGCCACCUCCAUUUCCAUGGCUACAAACAGAUGACUGACAGAUCGAUAGGCAUUACUGUCACGGGGGACAUUAAUAUCAUUCAUUUAAAGACACUUGCACGUGAAAACUCAAGCGCACAAGUUUCAGAGCAUAUAGAAUAAUCUUUAGUGUAUAUUUUUAAUCGAUAUGUUUUCAGGUUCAUUGUGAAGCAUUGCCUAUAUUUUGCAUAGUUUCCUGCUGUGUUUCACUGAAUUAAUUUUGUAGGUGUUUCUGUAUUAUCAUUAUUAUAUUUGUUUAGGCUGAUUGAACCGACCUUGGUAAUACUGCUCACACUGUUUACGCACAACGCACAAGGCAAAAUCAGUCAUCAGUUCUCUGCCUAAUGAAUGAGUUCAGUCCCAAAUAUAAUAAUGAUGAUAAUAAUCCCUGCAGUCAAAAAUUUGGGACUGCUGUUUAAAACCCCGGGGUACAGGAUGGCUAAAAUUUACCCCCCACUCCACUGAAGUUCCUGCGAAGGUAUCCUUCACUUUACAUAAGCUUAGCAGAUGCUCUUAUCCAGAGGGACUUACAUCACUUUCAGUUUGUACAACACAGCUUUCAAUUUAUACUUUGAAGUCUUUGUUCAUCUACUCUUUUGAAAAGAUACAUUUCAUGUUAAUGUGACUUCUGAGCUACAGUGGUAGCUCAGUACCUCCUACAUGGACCUACAUGGUAUUCAGCUGAGGAAAAUGCUUCAUACAAGAGCUAAUGACAAUAAAUCCUUUAUCGUCUUUUAUCAAAUCCUUUCAUUGCUGUCCUUUGUUGCAACAUGAGAGUAAAUGUCAGUUUCUAAUGUGUAACAUGAAACGUGUCAAAUUGAUGUACCAGCAGUUCAUCAGCAUUUGUCAUUUUGGUUUUCUGUUUUUUUCUUUUCCACAUAUCUUUAUUGUUUGAAAGGGCUGAGAAAAGUCUCACUUUGUCUCCCUCUCUUGACUGAUGGGCUGCGGACCAUAGCUUUAGCGCUAGAGAGUGAAAUGACUGAGAGAAAUUCACUAAUCUCCAAUCAGGAUCAGUUGGAUGGACCAAUAGGAGGGAAGCUGAGCUGAGCUUCUGGACUGCAUUGAACCCUGUCAGACAUCAGGGUUCCUGACGCUGUUAUAUGUCCGAUUCUGAAGACCACUGUGCUGUAUCUUUCAAGUGGUCACAUGAUGUGUUGUGUGGAUAUGUAGCUGCUCCAAUUUACUGUAAGUGCCCUAACAGACCUGUGCUGUUGAACCUCCCUGACUUUCCGCCAGUGCCAGUGAAGUGUGUGUACGUCCACUGAGUUCAUGGGGUUUAUAUUUGUAAUGCAGUGUUGCCUUAGCGUGUAUGCGCCCAAAGCCGCAACGUGCAAUGUGCUGCUCCACUCUCUGUGUGCACCAUUACAAGUGCU